AUGAAGGCCGCCACCGUUCUCUCCCUCGCCGCCGGCGUGGUCGCAACCAACAACCUCUUCCCCUUCAACCCCAAGGACUGCCCGGACAGGUGUACGCCGCAUCAGCGCGGCGGUUUCCACUUCGGCGACCUUGGCUACGGUGAAUUCUCCAACUACAAUGACUUCAACUGGAGCGGCUUCACCUGCAAGUCGGGCAACCGCGGCCGCUCUCGGGUCGACCGCCGCACCGGCUCCAACUACAUCGGCGGUACUUGCCACUCCGAGCCGUCCAAGAGCCCGUCGUUCGACUGCGAGAACAGCCGUUCCAUUGAAGGCUUCUCCGUGACCGAGUUCCACAUCACCACCGAGUUCGACUGCGACCUCGAGUUCCACUACCGCAUGCCCGACGGCUCCACCUGCAAGCAGACCAACGCCUGCUCCAGCAAGGGCUCCGUGAUUAAGAACGACAAGUGCGGCGGUGCCAAGGCCUGCACGGUCGUCUACCCCUCGCAGGUCCGGAAGCCCCACACCACGUGCAGCAUCAGCAUCUCGACUAUCUCCUUCGGCUGCUCGACCACCUCCAGCAGCUCGCCGUCGUCUGCCCCUAGCUCUGCCCCUUCGUCGGCACCUUCUAACGGUCCCUCGUCUGCUCCCAGCUCGGCUCCCAGCUCGGCCCCGUCCAGUGCUCCCUCUUUGAGCCCUUCGGCUUCUGCUUCUAGCUCCGCUCCCUGCGAGUCGGAGAGCAGUGGCGCCCCUAGCUCUGCUCCCUCGUCGGCGCCGUCUAACGGCCCUUCGUCGGCUCCCAGCUCUGCCCCCAGCUCCGCCCCGUCGUCGGCUCCCUCGAACGGUCCUAGCUCGGCCCCGUCCAGCGCUCCUUCGGGCCCGUCUGGCUCCGCCUCUAGCUCUGUGCCCUGCGAGUCGGAGAGCAGCGGCGCCCCCAGCUCCGCUCCCUCGUCGGCUCCCUCGAACGGUCCUAGCUCGGCCCCCAGCUCGGCCCCUAGCUCGGCCCCGUCCAGCGCUCCCUCUUCGGGCCCUUCGGGUUCUGCUUCUAGCUCCGCUCCCUGCGAGUCGGAGAGCAGCGGCGCCCCUAGCUCUGCUCCCUCGUCGGCGCCGUCUAACGGCCCUUCGUCGGCUCCCAGCUCCGCUCCCAGCUCUGCCCCCUCGUCGGCCCCGUCCAAUGGCCCGUCGUCUGCCCCUAACUCUGCUCCUAGCUCUGGUCCCUCGGGCUCUGCUUCCUCUUCGGCCUCCGCCCCCAGCUCUGCUCCCAGCUCUGGCCCCUCGGGCUCUGCUUCCUCAUCGGUCUCUGCCGUCUCUGCCCCUAGCUCUGCUCCCAGCUCUGCCCCCAGCUCUGGCCCCAGCGGCUCUGCUUCCUCUUCGGUCUCUGCUCCUAGCUCUGGUCCCAGUGGCUCUGCUUCCGUCUCUGCUCCUAGCUCCGCUCCCAGCGGUUCGGCUUCCGUGUCUGCUGCUCCCAGCUCUGCUCCUAGCUCCGCUCCCAGCGGUUCGGCUUCCGUGUCUGCUGCUCCCAGCUCUGCUCCUAGCUCCGCUCCCAGCGGCUCGGCUUCCGUCUCUGCUCCUAGCUCUGCGCCCUCUGGCCCUGCCAGCUCUGGCCCUAGUGGUGCCUCGUCCGGCGUUGGCCCCGUCCACUCCUCGAGCGCUAGCCCUGUUUCUUCGUCCUCUGUUCAGCUCACUACGUCGACCAUCUUCUCGACCACGACCUCGACCGUUACUGAUUGUGCCGCUACUGUGACCAACUGCCCGGCUCACUCCACGCGCCUGACGACUGUUGUCAUUGCCGUGUCCACCACUGUCUGCCCUGUCACCGAGACUGAGGGCAGCGCGACCAAGUCCCCCGCCGGCCCCACUGGUGCUUCCUCGCCGGCUGGCCAGCUCACCACGUCGACCAUCUACUCGACCACGACCUCGACCGUCAUUGACUGCGCCGCCACUGUGACCAACUGCCCAGCUCACUCUACCCACCUUACGACCAUUGUCAUCCCGGUGUCGACCACCGUCUGCCCUGUCACCGAGACCCAGGCCUCUGCCAAGCCCACUGGCGUUCCUUCGGGCUCCGUUGGCGUUCAGGUCCCAGUGACAACCGUGACCGUCUCGCCUGGUGCUGGUGCUGCCACCAGCAAGCCUGCUGGCGGUCAGCCCGCCGAGUCGCAGCCCGCCGGCAACAACAAGCCCACCGGCACUGGUUCCGGUAAUACCGCUCCUCCUUACCCGACCAAUGGUGGCGGCUCCGCGUCCCCCACGGGCACUGGUAGCGUCAAGCCGAACCCGUCGGGCAUUGUCACUGUCAACGCCGGUGGCCGUACCCAGGCCUACUGUCUGGCCGGUGCUGCCGUCAUGGCUCUUGUGGCUCUUCUGUAA